GUUUUGCACUCCGUAUAUUUGUAUUUGUACUCCUUCAAACCUGAGCCUAUAUAUUCCAAAAAUGAAUGAAAACCCUCUCUCUCUGGUUUCCAGUCGAUCCGCCUGCGCUCUCUCGCCAUUUCUUCUCUAACCUCGGUCUCUGCAUAUCAGCAGUAAUGGUUUGAUUUCACAAUAACUCGGUAUAGGUCUUCCUCUCUAUCUUUCUCUCAGGGUAGUAAGACUUGAAAGAGGCAACUACUCUUCUUCAAGACUUCAAUGGCCCGAUUUCACAAUCUCUCAUCUUCCAUUCUACUUCACAUCUUGUUGGUUAAGUGAUAUGCUCCCUUUUGAUUACUACCAACAACUCCAUUCUCAUCUCUUCCAUCUCUCAUCUUUUUCUCUAUCCUCAGCCCAGCCGGCAGCCAGUACCGAACACCUCUAUCCUCAUCUCUUCUGUCUCUUUUCGUUCUUCCCUUAGCCAGAAGGCACUAUCAACACUUUCAUCCUCAAUCUCAAGUCAAUCCCAUCUUUUUUAGACUCUUUCGUUUCUCUUCUGCUCAAGAUCAAUUGAAGUUAGUCAACAGCCCGCCGUGGUUCUUGAUGAAGUCAGCCGACUGUUCAAUGCCAUGUCAUGGAUCCAGACGUUGAUGCCCACACUCCGUUGGCUUUCCAUGUUUUUAUUUCAGAAAACGCCACUAAGAAACUUAGAAUGUAAGAUCGAUUGAACAUCUGCGCAAAGAUCUCUGGCUGAUUAUUUGUUUUGAAAUUGGGAUUAUCAAGUUCAGGCUUUUAACUCCAUCCUUAGGCAACAAAUCCACAAAAAUUAGCAAGGGAUAGUUGUGUUCUUGAUGGCUCCUCCAAGGAAGUCAAAGAAGAACAAAAAGAAAUCAAUGGAUUCAAAGAAAUGCAUAAACAUAAGUUUGGUUCCUCUGGAACCCAAGCCUACCGAAUUUGAUUGGUGGGAUAGUUUUUGGCAAAAGAAUUCAACUUCAGGUUCGGCACCCAAUGAUGAAAUAGAAGGAUUCAAAUAUUUCUUCAGGGUAUCAAGGAAGACAUUUGGUUACAUCUGUUCCCUUGUGCGACAAGAUCUUGUCUCAAGGCCCCCAUCAGGUCUCAUCAACAUUGAGGGAAGGCUUCUUAGUGUUGAAAAGCAAGUUGCAAUUGCCCUAAGGAGGUUGGCCUCUGGAGACUCUCAAGUCUCAGUAGGGUGGGCCUUUGGGGUUGGGCAGUCCACAGUGUCUCAAGUGACCUGGAGAUUCAUUGAGGCCAUGGAGGAGCGAGCUAAGCACCAUCUCAAAUGGCCAGAUUCCAACAGAAUGGAGGAGAUCAAGUCCAAGUUUUUAGCAGCAUUUGGAUUGCCUAACUGUUGUGGUGCUAUUGAUGCAACCCACAUAGUCAUGACACUUCCAGCAGUUGAAACCUCAGAAGAUUGGUGCGACCAAGCAAAUAAUUAUAGUAUGUUCAUACAGGGAAUUGUAGAUGAUGAGAUGAGAUUUCUUGACAUUAUGACUGGUUGGCCUGGUGGAAUGCCCCUUUCAYGGCUCUUAAAGUUCUCAGGGUUCUUCAAGCUCUGUGAGAGUAUGUACCGAUUGAAUGGACAUGUAAGAACGUUAUCUGAUGGAGCUGAAAUUAGAGAGUUCAUAGUAGGAGGUUCUGCCUAUCCUCUUCUCCCUUGGCUCAUCACCCCAUAUGAAAGCAAUGGUCUGUCAAGCUCCAUGGUUGAUUUUAAUGCAAAGCACAAGGCUGCAAGGUUGCUAGCAGAAAGGGCAUUCUCACAGUUGAAGGGUACUUGGAGAAUACUUCACAAGGUUAUGUGGAGACCUGACAAGCAGAAGCUACCCAGUAUCAUCUUGGUCUGUUGUCUACUUCACAAUAUUGUUAUAGACAGUCGAGAUACACUACUACCAGAUGUUCUUUUAUCUGAUCACCACGACCCAGGCUAUGGAGCUGAAAUCUGUCAACAGGUUGACCCCCAGGGGGAGACCAUGAGAGAAAACCUUACUAAACAUUUACAACAUUGUAAAUAGGAUACUCCUGUGAAGUUGAUCAAUGUGCUAGUCCAUCGUAGUUAUGGAUGGAGUCUCGAAUUGGGCACCAUCGGAAGGCAAAAACUUCUUUCCUUGUCACAUUUGAGGAAAUUGAGAGCAACAGUUUUAACUGUGAUCA